ACUUCGCGGCGGCGGCGGCGACUGCGGCGCCGCGGGCUGGAGGCCGGCGUCGGGGAAGGUCCUGGUACCGGAUUCCGCACGAGGUGUUGACUGGCGGCAUCUGCCAGCUUCUCCCCAGCGCGCGCCGAGCCCUAGCGGCCCCGGGGCUGCACGUUCCAGAUACUUCUGCGGCGCAAGGCUACAACUGAGACCCAGAGGAGACCAGACCCCAUGGCUUCCUGGACGAGCCCCUGGUGGCUGCUGAUAGGGAUGGUCUUCAUGCACUCUACCCUGCAGGAGACCACAGCUGAGAAAUCUCCUGGAGCCUAUUUCCUUCCCGAGUUUGCACUCUCUCCUCAGGGAAGUUUUCUGGAAGACACAACAGGGGAGCAGUUCCUCACUUACCGCUAUGACGACCAGACCUCAAGAAACACUCAUUCAGAUGAAGACAAAGAUGGCAACUGGGAUGCUUGGGGCGACUGGAGUGACUGCUCCCGGACCUGCGGGGGAGGAGCAUCAUAUUCUUUACGGAGAUGUUUGACCGGAAGGAAUUGUGAAGGGCAGAACAUUCGGUACAGGACAUGCAGCAAUCAUGACUGCCCUCCAGAUACAGAAGAUUUCAGAGCCCAGCAGUGCUCAGCCUACAAUGAUGUCCAGUAUCAGGGGCGUUAUUAUGAAUGGCUUCCACGAUAUAAUGAUCCUGCUGCGCCGUGUGCACUCAAGUGUCAUGCACGAGGACAAAACUUGGUGGUGGAGCUGGCACCUAAGGUACUGGAUGGAACUCGUUGCAACACGGACUCCUUGGACAUGUGUAUCAGUGGCAUCUGUCAGGCAGUGGGCUGUGAUCGGCAACUGGGAAGCAAUGCCAAGGAGGACAACUGUGGAGUCUGUGCGGGUGAUGGCUCCACCUGCAGGCUUGUACGAGGACAAUCGAAGUCACACGUUUCUCCUGAAAAAAGAGAAGAAAAUGUAAUAGCUGUUCCUUUGGGGAGUCGAAGUGUGAGAAUUACAGUGAAAGGACCUGCCCACCUCUUUAUUGAAUCAAAAACACUUCAAGGAAGCAAAGGAGAACACAGCUUUAACAGCCCUGGCGUCUUUGUUGUAGAAAACACAACAGUGGAAUUUCAGAGGGGCUCUGAGAGGCAAACCUUUAAGAUUCCAGGACCUCUGAUGGCUGAUUUCAUCUUCAAGACCAGGUACACUGCAGCCAAAGACAGCGUGGUUCAGUUCUUCUUUUACCAGCCCAUCAGUCAUCAGUGGAGACAAACUGACUUCUUUCCCUGCACUGUGACAUGUGGAGGAGGUUAUCAGCUCAAUUCUGCUGAAUGUGUGGAUAUCCGCUUGAAGAGGGUAGUUCCUGACCAUUAUUGUCACUACUACCCUGAAAAUGUAAAACCAAAACCAAAACUGAAGGAAUGCAGCAUGGAUCCCUGCCCAUCAAGUGAUGGAUUUAAAGAGAUAAUGCCCUACGACCACUUCCAACCUCUUCCUCGCUGGGAACAUAAUCCUUGGACUGCAUGUUCCGUGUCCUGUGGAGGAGGGAUUCAGAGACGGAGCUUUGUGUGUGUAGAGGAAUCCAUGCAUGGAGAGAUAUUGCAAGUGGAAGAAUGGAAGUGCAUGUAUGCACCCAAACCCAAGGUUAUGCAAACUUGUAAUCUGUUUGAUUGCCCCAAGUGGAUUGCCAUGGAGUGGUCUCAGUGCACAGUGACUUGUGGCCGAGGGUUACGGUACCGGGUUGUUCUGUGUAUUAACCACCGUGGAGAGCACGUUGGGGGCUGCAAUCCACAACUGAAAUUACACAUCAAAGAAGAAUGUGUCAUUCCCAUCCCGUGUUAUAAACCAAAAGAAAAAAGUCCAGUGGAAGCAAAAUUGCCUUGGCUGAAACAAGCACAAGAACUAGAAGAGACCAGAAUAGCAACAGAAGAACCAACGUUCAUUCCAGAUCCCUGGUCAGCCUGUAGUACCACGUGUGGGCCGGGCGUUCAGGUCCGCGAGGUGAAGUGCCGUGUGCUCCUCACAUUCACGCAGACUGAGACUGAGCUGCCUGAGGAAGAGUGUGAAGGCCCCAAGCUGCCCACAGAACGACCUUGUCUCCUGGAAGCAUGUGAUGAGAGCCUGGCCUCCCGAGAGCUGGACAUCCCUCUCCCUGAGGACAGUGAGAUGACUUACGACUGGGAGUAUGCUGGGUUCACCCCUUGCACAGCAACAUGUUUGGGAGGUCAUCAAGAAGCCAUAGCAGUGUGCUUACACAUCCAGACCCAGCAGACAGUCAAUGACAGCUUGUGUAAUAUGGUCCACCGUCCUCCAGCCAUGAGCCAGGCCUGUAACACAGAGCCCUGUCCCCCCAGGUGGGACAUGGGCUCUUGGGGGCCCUGCUCAGCUACCUGUGGAGUUGGAAUUCAGACCCGAGAUGUGUACUGCCUGCACCCAGGGGAGACCCCUGCCCCUCCUGAGGAGUGCCGAGAUGAAAAGCCCCAUGCUUUACAAGCAUGCAAUCAGUUUGACUGCCCUCCUGGCUGGCACAUUGAAGAAUGGCAGCAGUGUUCCAGGACUUGUGGCGGGGGAACUCAGAAUAGAAGAGUCACCUGCCGGCAGCUGCUAACAGAUGGCAGCUUUUUGAAUCUCUCAGAUGAAUUGUGCCAAGGACCUAAGGCAUCGUCUCACAAGUCCUGUGCCAGGACAGACUGUCCUCCACAUUUAGCUGUGGGAGACUGGUCUAAGUGUUCUGUCAGUUGUGGUGUUGGAAUCCAGAGAAGAAAGCAGGUGUGUCAAAGGCUGACAGCCAAAGGCCGGCUCGUCCCCCUCAGUGAGAUGAUGUGCAGGGAUCUACCAGGGCUCCCUCUUGUAAGAUCUUGCCAGACGCCUGAGUGCAGUAAAAUCAAAUCAGAGAUGAAGACAAAACUUGGUGAGCAGGGUCCUCAGAUCCUCAGUGUCCAGAGAGUCUACAUUCAGACAAGGGAAGAGAAGCGUAUUAACCUGACCAUUGGUAGCAGAGCCUAUUUGCUGCCCAACACAUCCGUGAUAAUUAAGUGCCCAGUGCGACGAUUCCAGAAAUCUCUGAUCCAGUGGGAGAAGGAUGGCCGUUGCCUGCAGAACUCCAAACGGCUUGGCAUCACCAAGUCAGGCUCACUAAAAAUCCACAGUCUUGCCACCCCUGACAUUGGCGUGUACCGGUGCAUUGCAGGCUCUGCACAGGAAACCGUUGUGCUCAAGCUCAUUGGUACUGACAACCGGCUCAUUGCACGCCCAGCCCUCAGGGAGCCUAUGAGGGAAUAUCCUGGGAUGGACCACAAUGAAGCCAAUAGUUUGGGAGUCACAUGGCAUAAAAUGAGGCAAAUGUGGAAUAACAAAAAUGACCUUUAUCUGGAUGAUGACUACAUUAGUAACCAGCCUUUCUUGAGAGCUCUGUUAGGCCACUGCAGCAGUUCUGCAGGAAACACCAACUCCUGGGAGUUGAAGAAUAAGCAGUUUGAAGCAGCAGUUAAACAAGGAGCAUACAGCAUGGAUACAGCCCAGUUUGAUGAGCUGAUAAGAAACAUGAGUCAGCUUAUGGAAACCGGAGAGGUCAGCGAUGAUCUUGCGUCCCAGCUAAUAUAUCAGCUGGUGGCCGAAUUAGCCAAGGCACAGCCAACACACAUGCAGUGGUGGGGCAUCCAGGAAGAGAUGCCUCCUGCUGCUCAGCUUAGGGGGGAAACAGGAAGUGUGUCCCAAAGCUCAAAUGCAAAAAACUCAGGCAAGCUGACAUUCAAGCCGAAAGGACCUGUUCUCAUGAGGCAAAGCCAACCUCCCUCAAUUUCAUUUAAUAAAACGAUAAAUUCCAGGAUUGGAAAUACAGUAUACAUUACAAAAAGGACAGAGGUCAUCAAUAUACUGUGUGACCUUAUUACCCCUGGUGAGGCCACAUAUACAUGGACCAAGGAUGGAACCUUGUUACAGCCCUCAGUAAAAAUAAUUUUGGAUGGAACUGGGAAGAUACAGAUACAGAAUCCUACAAGGAAAGAACAAGGCAUAUAUGAAUGUUCUGUAGCUAAUCAUCUUGGUUCAGAUGUGGAAAGUUCUUCUGUGCUAUAUGCAGAGGCACCUGUCAUCUUGUCUAUUGAAAGAAAUAUCACCAAACCAGAGCACAACCAUCUGUCUGUCAUGGUUGGAGGCAUUGUGGAGGCAGCCCUUGGAGCAAACGUGACAAUCCGAUGUCCUGUAAAAGGACUCUCUGCUUUUGGCUGUGUGUGCUGAGACCCCCAGGCAGCAGCAGAGAGCAUAGGACAACUGUGCAGCAUGGAACAGCAUCCAUUAUAAAACAUGGAACCGUCAGAAGCCCCUGAAUGACCCACUACUUCAUUCCGGCUACUAUGACCUAACUAUGCCUUCACAGCAAGACAGAGGCCCACAGCAUCCAUACAGGGUGGGGACUGAGGGAAAGGGAAUUUUGUUGGAAUUCAACCCCCAGAAAUAAGAAAGCAUGCAAGCUUCUGAGUACAGUCUGAGAAAACCAUGCAGGACCUUGUUAAUGGAAGAAAAACACUCCUUUAUGGGAAGAGCUCCAUAGGACCUGUGUAGAAUUUUGGAAUCUCUAGUAACAUCCCAACUUACUUAACCCUGUUUUUUUUCUUUUCAUUCAUUUAUUUUCCCUAGUUAUUAAUUCAAUACCCAGUUAUUCAUUUUGAUGACUGAUGCAUACUACAGUCAGGUCAUUUUAUUAUUAUGGUUAAUGUCAGGCCUGUACACCACAACAUCUCCCCAGCCCUGCCCUGAGAGAUUCUGAUUUAAUUCAUCGGUAGUAUGUCCUGAGAACCAAGGAUUUUUAAAGCUUCCCCAGAAGAUUCUAAUGUGCAGCCAAGGUUAAGAACCACUGAUUUAGCCAGUAAAUGGGGCCAAAGAGGUCCCCGGAAAUUAUCUCAAAUAUCCUCUCAAAAUGAGAGACUCUUCCUCAGGAAUUAGUGGGUAACCAGAGGUCAACUAGAACCAGGAAUAAACCAGCAGUGAACCAGGAGUGAGUAAUCAGAAGUAAACUCAAACUAGGAGUGAACCAGGAGUGGGUAACUGGGAGUGAACUAGAAGUGGGAGCUAAAUGGUAGAACCCAGGUCCAUGCUCUGGGCUCAUUCUGAAGGUAGAAUCAGGCAUGCCAACAAUUGAUGUCUCAGUGUUCAGAGGUUCACACAGGGGAAAUCAGCUGUCAAUGUCCAAGAGUAUCAAGGAAAUGAUUUUGAGAUGGGUCUUUAAGAAUGUGGAGAAAUGUUCCAGGUGGUGAAAGGGAAUAGCAAUUGAUUUGCAGUGGAGAGAACAGCACAUAGAAAAUAGCCUUACAGCCAGUGUGGUGUGUUUGGAGAAUGGUGCAGUUCGCGGGCUGGAGGAUAGCUGUUCUUAGCAGUGACUCCCCUAAAUUGAAAAGGCUUUUGUGCUUUUCUCCUCCAAGAACAGGAAAAGUUAUAGAGCUAGGAAAACUGACUCUUACUCCCUACCAUUCCUGAGGAGAAAAGACCCCCUAGAAAUAGAGUGAGAGGUGCAGCUCAGAAGAACCAAAGGCAAGAGUCAGUGGUUUGAGGAAAGAGGAAAUGGAGUCCUGGGGAAUCAACACAGUCUUGAGAUGUCACCCCAAGACACCAGCAGCCCACAUGUAGUCCUCUGGGGUUUACUGGUGACAGCAGUGGAACCCACUUGGAGAUUUUGGUGCAAAUACCAACUGGCUAAUAGCUAUUUGUUCAUCUACAUCCCAAUGUUAUAUUGACAGAUUACCAGAAUUGCUGAUUAUCAGGAAGGGCCUCACGAAUGUCCAUGGUUCUCCCUUUUGAGCUGUUGUUUAGGAGUUCUUCCUAUCCCCUUUACUGGAAUCAGUAGUUUACACCACUUGCAUAGCUCCAGCAUGUAUCACUAUGCUUGAUUUGCACCAACUCUUAACUUUCUUCUUCUUCAAGGAACUACUGAAAGUUUUUGGUUUUGAUAUAAUAAUUUUCACUGGCACUUUCUAGCCUGUAAAUAAGACCCUGGAGGACAAUAUCCAGCAGUGAACCAUGUAGUGCUCAUGAGAUAUGUCUGGUGGAGUUAGAGAACUGCCCAGGCUCACACAAAGCAGAAGCCCAGAGUACGUGAGAGAUCAGGAUGACCACGCCAGGAAGAGGACUUGUUGACACCCUCCUCCAUGUCAGAAAAACACAGUUCAAAAACCUUUAGGGAAGGACUUUUAAUGAUGGAGUUGGGGAUAGAUACUUUGACCCAGAUGAUUUCUAAAUCCUCAAAAAUCAAAUUGAUUGGGGAACAGAUUAUGUCAACCUAAACAUGAGUUUACUAGAGAAAAGAAAGUACUGAAACAGCUAUUCAAAAGAAUUCUGUAAAUAGUAAAAGCCAUAGCCCUAUAUUUGGAGACAGUUCUGGAUAUGGCAUCAAUGAUGGAUAGUCCACUGUAUCCAAAAAGCAUACAUAACAUAUUUUUCAAAAAGAACAAAAGGGUAUGCAGUUAACUCAGAAGAGGAAUGUUCCUUACAAAAUUUACUAUGCUGCACAGAUUGGCCCUGCAGUUAAGAAGAGUGCAUUCAUUAUUCUAGCAGUUUUGAGAUACUUUCUCUGACAUUGAACCCUUGAACUCCUAUUUAUUUCUUUCAUUUAUUAGUGAUGACUCCUUUUGUCUAACCUGUGUUUGAUUUGUCUUUUAUAAAUUGGCAACAUCAUUUCUUCAUGAUCCCCAGAGGUAACUGAUGGUAGCUUAAGUCUUCAUUUGUCAUACAUGAAAAAGUAAUGCAGAAUUCUGAGUGAGUUUUGAGUAGCUGGAAGAAACAAACAGAUGAGCAAAAACAUUUAGAUGUAAUAUAUAUUUAUUUAAAAAUCCAGCAUUUCAGGGCAGUCUGAAUAGGUCAGAGAUUUUACAGUGUGAAAUAUUUCAUGGGCCUUUCAAGGAUGAAGGAAAUUUGUUUUUAAACACUGACUAGUUUAAAGACACCCCCGAGGUGCAAACUUUUUGCAACACAUGUUUCACAGCCCCUCCAGCUCUGAACUUUUUUCACAACAUUUGUCUUCCAAAACAAUUUCAGCAUUGUGGAAACAGAAUGUUGAAUAUUUCAGAGCUGCAAGUCUUGGGGGAAAUAGCCUGUCUUUAAGGUUAGAUAAAUAAGUUUAAACUAUUUCUGACAUUUUAUAGCUGUUGCAACAGAGCAAAUGUGUUAUUUUGAAAGACCAUAAAUAACAGUGGUACGAAGAAAUCUGCCUGAAUUUCCUCUGGCCUGUUCAGUUAGUUGAAAAUGUUUACACGUGUAACGAUGCUUCUAGGUGCUGAAUAAGCCUGUGGGGUAGGAGAGGGAGUUGGAGUUCACUCUGGGACUUACAGUGUUUGAGGCACCUGUGGGACAUGAUGUGCCAAUGGGAGAUGUCCAGGAGUCUUGAAUUCAAGGGAGAGAUUAAGAUUGGAUAGGUAGAUGUGGGAGUUUUCAGCAUAGGAAUUAUCAUUAUAUUUCCCAAAGUAGAUGAAAUGGCCCCUGGGACAGUGCAUAGUGAGAAGGACUUGGUCCUGCACUCUGGUGUGGUCCCAUGCUCUUCAUUUCAAACUUCCUAUUUCUGAUAUUUUCUUUUGGAAUGUAACUUUGUCAGUUUGUUCUGAGAAACUUGUGCUGGCAUGGUUGUUUGGCCAUCUUGGUUAUUUUCAUACCUUAGUUUUUAGUCUAGACUCCCAUGGUUACAGGGAACAGAGAACCACCUCGAACUGGCUUAAGAAAAAAUGGAGAAACUAUUGGCUAAUAAAACUGAAAAGUCCUGGAGUGUAGACAAUCUGGACACAAUUUUAGACACAUCUGGAUUCAGGAAUUUAAAUGAUUUAAUCAAGGAUCCACCCCUUAGCCAGGCACAAUGGUGCAUACCUAUAGUUCCAGCUAUUCAGGAGGCUGAGAUGGGAGGAUCCCUUGAGCCCGGAAGUUUGAGGCUUCCAUAUGCUAUGAUCAAGUCUGUGAAUAGCCACUGCACUCCAGCCCAGUGAGACCCCAUCACUAAAAAAAAUAAAAAUCCAUCUCUCUCUG